AUGGACGUGAUUCUCGAUCUCUGCGAGACCUUUGUAGGUGACCAUGUUUUCGCCUGGCUGCAUCCUGCGCAGCCAGGCGCUCACAGCCACAUCGUGUCGAGCAACUACACCUCACCAUCGCCGUACGGCUUGCCGUGCCACUACGAGCCUCCGACCAAGUAUUUCACCAUCGCCCCGUCGCCCGCCGCUUGCAUGAGUUCAUGGCCCAGGGACAACGUAUUCAGGCAAUCCAUAAACUUGUUCUUGAUAUUCUGGCUGUUUGGCACUGUGGUCUACCUUCUCUUUGCCACGCUCUCGUACGUCUUCGUGUUCGACAAGGAGAUGGAGAAGCACCCCAAGUACCUCAAAAACCAACCACGGAUGGAAAUCGAGCAGUCCCUCUGGGCACUCCCCGGCAUGUCCGUCCUGACGCUGCCCUUCUCCCUCGCCGAGGCCCGCGGAUACACGAAGCUGUACGAUACGUCGGCGGACGGGCCGGGCCUGUGGUACGAUGUCUUGCAGUAUCCCCUGUUCAUCCUCUUCACCGACUUUAGCAUAUACUGGAUCCAUAGGGGGCUGCAUCACCCGCUCGUGUACAAGGCCUUGCACAAGAAGCACCACAGGUGGGUUAUGCCGACGCCGUACGCGGCGUAUGCCUUCCACCCGGCAGACGGCUGGGCCCAGUCGUUGCCGUACCACGUCUUUGUCCUGCUGUUCCCCAUGCAGAAGUUUGCCUUUGUCGCGCUUUUCGUCCUGGUCAACUUUUGGGCGAUUCUCAUCCACGACGGGGACUAUCUCGCCAACAACCCCCUCAUCAACGGGGCGGCCUGCCACACCGUCCACCAUCUGUGCUUCAACUACAAUUACGGGCAGUACACGACGCUGUGGGACAGGCUGGCCGGCAGCCAUCGGGCGCCGCAGAAGGAGCUCUUUCGGAAGGACACCAGAAGGGACGGGACGGAGUGGCAAAGACAGUGCAACGAGGUGGAGGACACGGUUCGAGGGGAACAAGGCAACGACGACGGCGCGUGUUGGCCGGCGGAGAGCAAGAAGAGCGUGUAA